AUGGCGGAAACUUGUACAAGAAAACUGAUAGUUGAAGUUUCCAAUGCCAAAAAUUUGAUGCCCAAAGAUGGACAAGGAACAGCAAGUGCAUAUGCUAUUGUGGAUUUUGAUGGCCAGAGAAGGAGAACAAAGACCAAGUUCAGAGAUCUGAAUCCAGAGUGGGAUGAGAAGCUUGAGUUUCUUGUCCACGAUACUGAGUCUAUGGCAACAGAGAUUUUAGAGAUCAAUCUUUACAAUGACAAGAAGACAGGUAAAAGGAACACUUUUCUGGGCAAAGUAAAGAUCGCUGGUAGUGCUUUCGUUAAAUCUGGAGGAGAGACUCUUGUUUAUUAUCCGUUGGAGAAGCGAAGCGUGUUUUCGCAGAUUAAAGGAGAGCUAGGGCUGAAAGUUUAUUACAUUGACGAAGAUCCACCGGCUCCACCAGAGGCAGAGCCAGCAGCAACGGAAGAGAAUAAGCCAGCAGAAGUGGCGAAACCUGAGGAGGAGAAGAAAGAAGAGAACAUUGAAGAGAAAAAAGAAGAGGAGAAGAAAGAAGAACCAAAGGCAGCAGAGUCCACAGAACCGAAAAAAGAAGAGGAGAAACCAAGUCCAUCACCACAAGACGAGAAUCCCAAAAAACCUGAGGAGUCAACUCCCCAAGUUGAGGUGGAGAAUCCGCCGUUGGCCCAGAGCGAAAAGCCCUCGAAAAAAGAAAAAGAAAAGGCAGAGAUUGUAAAAAGAUCUGAGGUAACAAUCAAUGAAAUUGAACUCCGGUCUUUAGCCAGUGAUCGAAGUCGAAGCGCUUACGAUCUGGUAGAUCGUAUACCAUUUCUCUAUGUUCGAGUAGUGAAAGCCAAAAGAGACAACAAUGAAUCGAAAAGCCCAGUUUAUGCCAAGCUAAUGAUUGGUACACACAGCAUCAAAACCAAGAGCCAGAGUGACAAAGAUUGGGACCAAGUCUUCGCUUUUGAUAAAGAAGGGUUGAAUUCAUCCUCUUUAGAGGUUUCAGUUUGGGCAGAAGAGAAGAAAGAGAACGAAGAGGCAACACAAGAGUGUUCUCUGGGUACAGUGUCUUUUGAUUUGCAGGAGGUGCCCAAGAGAGUGCCACCGGACAGUCCUUUGGCUCCACAAUGGUACACAUUGGAAUCAGAGAAGUCGCCGGGAAAUGACGUUAUGCUCGCCGUUUGGAUUGGGACUCAGGUUGAUGAGGCAUUUCAAGAGGCAUGGCAAUCGGAUUCGGGUGGGUUAUUACCGGAGACCCGAGCCAAGGUAUACCUGUCACCAAAGCUUUGGUAUUUGAGACUAACGGUUAUCCAAACCCAAGAUUUGCAUUUAGGUUCGGGAUCCGAAGCUAAGGCUCGAAAUCCUGAACUUUAUGUUAAAGCUCAACUUGGGGCCCAGCUUUUUAAAACUGGUCGGACUUCUGUUGGGUCAACAUCUUCUAGCUCGGCUAACCCGACUUGGAAUGAGGAUUUGGUUUUUGUGGCGGCUGAGCCGUUUGAGCCAUUCUUGACUGUGACGGUGGAGGAUGUUACCAAUGGGCAGUCAGUGGGGCAUGCUAAAAUACACGUGGCAAGCAUCGAAAGGAGGACAGAUGAUCGGACUGAGCCUAAAUCAAGAUGGUUUAAUUUGGUAGGUGACGAGAGCAGACCCUACACGGGAAGGAUACACGUGAGAGUGUGUUUAGAAGGUGGGUAUCACGUGCUAGACGAGGCAGCUCACGUGACAAGCGAUGUUAGAGCCGCGGCUAAACAGCUAGCCAAGGCUCCGAUUGGGUUGCUUGAAGUUGGAAUCCGAGGUGCCACCAAUUUGCUUCCUGUGAAAACCAAGGAUGGUACACGUGGGACCACCGAUGCUUAUGUGGUGGCUAAGUAUGGGCCCAAGUGGGUUCGUACCCGUACGAUCCUGGAUCGAUUUAAUCCACGGUGGAAUGAGCAAUACACGUGGGAUGUUUAUGAUCCAUGCACUGUGCUUACAAUUGGUGUAUUUGAUAAUGGAAGGUACAAGCUUGGUGAAGCAGGAAAACAAGGCAAAGAUGUUAGGGUUGGUAAAAUAAGGCUACGUUUAUCAACACUGGAUACCAAUCGGGUGUGCUUAAACCAAUACUCUCUUACGGUGUUACUUCCUGGUGGGGCCAAGAAAAUGGGAGAGAUCGAGAUAGCCGUUAGAUUUUCAUGUUCAUCAUGGUUGAGUCUAAUUCAAGCUUACACUUCACCAAUCCUGCCUAGGAUGCAUUAUGUGAAGCCUUUAGGUCCGGCCCAGCAAGACAUUUUGCGUCAUACCGCAAUGCGUUUGGUCACCACUCGGCUAACCCGGUCCGAGCCACCAUUGGGCCAAGAAGUGGUUCAAUUCAUGUUGGAUAGUGACACGCACAUGUGGAGCAUGAGAAGGAGCAAGGCUAAUUGGUUUAGAGUAGUGGGAUGUCUCACACGUGCGGCUGCUUUGGCACGUUGGAUUGAUGGGAUUCGCACGUGGAUACACCCCCCACGACAGUUCUCAUGCACGUCCUGCUUGUAG